CUUCAUCAAAAGUUGCUAAAAAAAAAAAUGGUUUUAUUUUUUUAAAGAAGCUAAAUUGGAUGCUAGGUGCAGUUUGAUUAUUUUUUUUGCUAGGGUACUCUGAAAAGUUGCUAAAUCUAGCAACAAAUUUGCUAAAUUGGCAUCACUGAUCUCAAUCCUGCCGGUUGAUGAGACGGUUCAUGUAGCCACAUCCUGCACGAAAAAUCACACACACUAUAGAUACUUUCCCAUAACAAUUUAACAGAAAACGCGGACAGUUUGUUAACAUACAUUUUUAUAAAGUAUUUCAAAAAAGGAUGUCCAGACGAGGUUGUACCGGUCCGACCGGGCUCCGGAGGAAACGGGACAUGGAGGAGCACCAGAAGGAGAGAAGACGGGCUCUGCAGGCCCGACACCGGGCCACCCUGGCCACCCUGUUCGAGACACUCAACACCGUGGUCUGCCCCACAUCCAACAAGAUGCCUGCUAAGUGGAAGAUCUUGGACCACGCCAAAGGAUUUCUGAAAGAGCAGGAAGCCCACCUGAGCAGACUGAUGCUCCUGAAAGGGAUAUUCCUCGGUAAUGAAGACGGGCCGUGCAGCUUGGAGGAAGUGAGGGCAGAGUACCGGAGGCUGCAGUCACACAGCAGCUCCCUGCGCUCCAGAAGACCUGGUGGCCACAGACGUCAUGGCGGGGCUGACGGAGAGGACCUGACUGAGACCAGUGAGGAAGACUCUGAGGAGGAGACUCUGGAGGACUCCGCCCCCUCUCAGACCUCCAUCAACUCUCUAACCAACAUCCUGGAGUUUGAAGGGUACUUGUUGUUCUACAGACAGACACUGGAGAAGUUGGUUUGUAGCGGUGUGCUGAGCCCGGGACAGACUGGUCUGGCUGUAGUAUCUGAAGCUAUCUCAGGCCUGUGGGAUAGCUUCUCUCCAGAGCGCCGGGCAGCCUACCAGACCUGUCCCCCCCAGCAGAGCACCCUGGGCUGGGAAGGGCCGCCAGAGACACCCCCUACUCCUGUUCCAGACACCCACCUCCACCUCACGCUCCAGCCCUCCACUCAGGCAAACAGCCAGGGAGCCUCUUCUCCUUCUAGCUAUGAAGAGGACCUGCUUCAGGAUGCCUAUGAUGUGGUGAAGAAAGAGAUGGACUCCACUUCAGACCACAGUCCUGUCCUGGCCUCUCCUCAGUGUGGGGACUUUGACAAGCUCCGGGAGAUCUAUAAGGACAUCAUGUGUUUCGUCAAGACUCAGAUGGUGGAGAAACCAGAACAUAACCAGGACGUGUGUCUGUCUGCUAUGCGGGACCGUGAGGAGAUCUUUCUCCAGUGCUCCGAGUCCUUCGACAGUGAGGACAUGUGAAUCACAGGAGGCUGCUGACGGGAGGACGGCUCAUAGAAAUGUCCGGAAACGAAGCAAACUGAAUCACAUCAAACACCCGGAAUCCAUGGAAACCAUGUGUGAUAUAUUUAAUGCCGUUCCACCGAUUCCGCUCCUGGCAUUACCCACAAGCCUGUUCACCAACUUCCUGUUUCUGGGACCAAUCAGAACAGUUAGAAUGUGUUUGAUAUAUUUAAUGCCGUUCCACCGAUUAACCUGUUAACCAACUUCCUGUUUCUGGGACCAAUCAGAACAGUUAGAAUGUGUUUGAUAUAUUUAAUACCGUUCUCCCCAAUUAACCUGUUAACCAACUUCCUGUUUCUGGGACCAAUCAGAACAGUUAGAAUGUGUUUGAUAUAUUUAAUACUGUUCCACUGAUUCAGCUCCUGGCAUUACCCACAAGCCUGUUCACCAACUUCCUGUUUCUGGGACCAAUCAGAACAGUUAGAAUGUGUUUGAUAUAUUUAAUACCGUUCCCCUGAUUCAGCUCCAGUCAUUACCCACAAGCCUGUUCUCCUCAAUUAACCUGUUCACCAACUUCCUGUCAUGUGAACACCUAUUAGUGUUUGUUCCUGGUGACAUGAAAGACACAUUGUGUUGCUUUGUUGAUAAAUGAUCACGUUUUGGGAUUUGUUUUUAUAAAUGUUCAGCUUUUCCACACGUUUAUUGUUCCAGACAUGUUUUAUAAUCUGGUUCAAAUCAUUCAUCUGCCUUUUUAGUCCAUUAAGAAUCGGCAUUUUGUCCAGCCAGUCUUUCUCUGUGUAUUAAGCCUCAGAGAGGGAUGAGGGUCUCACAGUGUCCAGCAGCGGUGCCCAAACUAAGGGUCGCGACCCCCAUGUGGGGACGCCUGAUGUGAAAACGAGGUUGCGGAAGAAUUUCCAAAAAUCCUGAAAAUAAAAUUUAAAA